CAAGGUGGCGCUGCUACACUGUGACCGUUCUUUGUGGGGGAGGGCGAGCAGUACAAAAUAUUCCGUCUUCCAAGGAGGACUGCUUCAAUGUCCAAACUUCCCAGAUUGCUACCAUACAGCAGACAUCUGUCGGUAAGCCUAAAAUCGUCACCUAGGCUUCCCGGCGUUGUUGUAGGGACCGCGAGGCAACUGUCGUGCUUUGUUGUACGCUCUGCCGGGCGGUGGAGUACAAUGUCCGAGACAGCGGGCAGCGACAAGGGGAGGAGGGACAACAGACAUGCGGGGGACGGGCAGGGCAGCCCGGUGGCCCAGGUCAGGCACUACCCGGGGACACACAGGAGCUCACCCGGGGAGGAGGGGCUCAAAGCACGAAAACGAUUCCUGGAGAUAUCCUUGGAGGAGAAGAGACUAGUGUACAAGUGUCGCGACAACUACAAAACCUUAAACGACGUCCCCACCUGGCCACAGUAUAGGAAAGAACACAAUAUAGGCCUACGGAUUAAGCCCAAAGCUGACCCCAAUGAGAAGUUUAAUGAGAAGGUGUCUCUCUGGCGUGGUGACAUCACCCAGCUGGAGAUAGAUGCUAUCGCCAAUGCAGCCAAUGAAAGCCUACUAGGAGGUGGAGGAGUUGAUGGUGCGAUCCACAGUGCUGCAGGCCCCACACUAGUCAAGGAGACCUCCACUCUGGGGGGCUGUGAGACGGGCCACGCUAAGUUGUCAGGGGGGCACAGACUACCAGCCAAAUAUGUACUACAUGCCGUUGGACCCAUAGGACAGAAACCAGACAAGUUGGAGGGAUGUUAUAAGGACUGCAUGGCUCUGGCAAAGGAACACGGACUCAGAUCUGUGGCAUUCCCCUGCAUUUCUACUGGUAUAUUUGGUUACCCUAACUAUCCAGCUGGGCAGGUUGCUAUUGGUUACAUCAGGAAAUGGUUGGAGACGGGAGACAAUGCAGAUCACAUGGACCGUGUGAUCUUCUGUGUGUUCCUUGAGAAGGAUGUGCAGGUGUACGAGGAGCUUCUGCCGGCGUUCUUCCCAACAGAAGAUGACGUCAAGGGAGACAAGGAAGCAUCAGGAGAGACAGAUGUACACAUGGAGGUUGCAGCUGCAGCUGUAGAAAGUAAAGAUACACAAGGUGAGGACCAAAGACCUGCAGCUGCUGAGAAGCCAUCAGAUACUGAAGAAGCCAAGGAGACGGCAGCAGAGGAGGAACCAAAGAAGGGCAGCAGUGAGGGGGUCAAAUCUGAGGACACGGCUCCUGAACCCAUGGUGGCCGAACCUGAGGAAGUCAAGACAUCGGAGGAGGAGAAACAAGAUUCCGAGUUGUCAGAAAAGUCAGAAGCAGCAGCGGCGGCAGCACCCUAGGAUAAAAAGAAUGUCUUCUCAUUUCUUUGCUAGUCAGACAGCUAUCUCAUUUCAAAAGCUGGAGAAAUUCACCAAUAUUCCCAAUUAGGUGUGAAUGUUUCAGAGAAAAGCUUUGGGUGCAAUGAGCGUCAUCAAGUUUAAUAUACAUGUACAUGUACGGUCAAACUUGUCUAAGGCAGCCACCCAGGGACCCUAUACAGACAAGUGGACUUCUUAGACAAACCACAUAAGAUUACGAAGACAGAUUUCAGAGUUCAUGUCCUCUUAUUGUAGAUAGACUGUCCCCAUGAACUAACGUGCAGAUGACCCAGCCCCAUUUUGGUCUCUAGUCACCUUGAAACCCGACUCAAACUAGCUAUUUUAAAUCAUUUAUCGCUAAAAAUCAAUAUGGCAAAGUUCUACCAAUUGUCUGCAUAUAGAUUUGGAAACCAGGCUACCAGCAAAAUUUGGUCCUCAAAUUGCAGGAAAUAGCAUUUUUAAGUGUCAAGAUUUUAAAGUUUUACCAAUUUAAGUAGUUUGCCCCAAGAUCCCCUUAGGAUUGUCGCAAUUGGCACUCAACAUGAUGUUGCAUGAAACAAAAUUGAGAUGACGGAAAAAAAUUUCAAGCUAGCUAGAACACUGAUAUGGCUACACGCUUGAAAAUAACGUGGUCAUCAUAGGCAGGGAUUGAGGCAAGUGGGGUCCCAAAAUAGUGCUGGUCGCGGUCGUUUUAGACAAGUGGGCAGUUUAGGCAACCUGCUUAAUGCUUGUGUCUAUGGGAAAACAUUUUGGGACCAAGGAAAAGCAGUAUUCUUGGCCAGACCGUCGACUUAUAUACAGGUGGUUGCUUUGGCAAGUUUGACUGUAUUAUGUAUUAUGUAGGUGCGCAGGAAAGCUUUUGAGUCUUCCACAUAGAGGCAGAGGGUACCGGUUGCUUGGGUAUGAACUGUGAUGCUGCUUCUUUCAUUUUUGCAGCUUGCCUGUAAGAGUAGAGACUACAACUGGAUCAAUUGUGGCUUACCUCAGUGUUGUAUUUGACUUGCUCAGAUGGAAUAUAAUCCUACCCUAUGAAGCAAGUUUAAACUGCAAUUUC